UAUUCACUGAAUCUUUGAGGUCGGUGAAAUUCCUCUCAAUUCCUUAUCUGGAGAUUACUGGUCUGCUUAUUAGACGGUUAUAAUUUCUUUUUGGUGCCAUAGGUGUUAAUUGAAGCUCGUACCUUGAGACUAGUUUUGGAUUAAUUGUUCUGCUUGUGCGUUGAAUUGCUUCGGAAUCGUCUUGAUGGCGAAUUCUGAGGCAAAAGACGAAGUUUCUUAUUCAAGGACUCACUCAAAUGGUCGAGAAGGGGAAGGGGAAGUUGCAGCAUCAGGUUCAGAUGCAACUGGUUCCUAUGGAGUUGUAGAAAUAUCUCCAGAGUUGUUGAAGAACACGCCUUCGAACAUUGCGCGGUUGGAAGAUGUGAUUGAGCAAUGCAGAGGUCGGGAGAAGUAUCUUGCACGCACUAGGAGCCCUUCUGAUGGGGAAGAUGUGAGGUGGUACUUCUGCAAGGUCCCUCUAGCAGAGAAUGAACUAGCAGCCUCAGUUCCUCGAACACCAGUAGUGGGGAAGAGUGAGUAUUUUCGAUUCGGUAUGAGGGAUUCGCUUGCUUUGGAGGCUUCUUUCUUGCAGAGAGAAGAAGAGUUGCUUUCUUGUUGGUGGAAAGAGUACGCAGAAUGCAGUGAAGGUCCAAGAGUGCAACAACUUCGAUCUGAAUCAAAAUCAGUUGUGCUACCAAAAGCAGAUGAUGGUAAAUCAAAUCAGCUGGAUGCAGUUGAAGCAGAAAGAGUGGGUGUGCCUGUAAAGGGGGGUCUGUAUGAGGUAGAUUUAGCUAAAAGACACUGUUUUCCAGUUUAUUGGCUUGGAGAAAAUCGGCGUGUUUUAAGGGGUCACUGGUUUGCUCGCGAAGGUGGUCUUGAUUGGCUUCCAUUGCGUGAAGAUGUUGCUGAGCAAUUGGAAUUUGCGUAUCGCAGUCAGGUCUGGCAUCGAAGAACAUUUCAACCAUCAGGCCUUUUUGCAGCUCGAGUAGAUUUACAAGGUUCUAUCCAAGGGUUGCACGCCCUUUUCACUGGGGAAGAUGACACUUGGGAAGUUUGGAUGAAUUACGAUGCCUCUGGUUUUUCAAAUGUUGUUGGUUUUAGAGGAAAUGGCAUUAAAUUAAGGCGUGGAUAUUCUUCAUCUGGGUCUCUGAAACCAACUCAGGAUGAAUUACGUCAGCAGAAGGAGGAAGAAAUGGAUGAUUACUGUUCCCAGGUUCCAGUUCGGCAUUUAGUAUUUAUGGUUCAUGGUAUUGGGCAAAGGUUGGAGAAAGCUAAUUUGGUUGAUGAUGUUGGUGAUUUUCGUCAUGUCACAGCUACUCUUGCUGAACGACACUUAACCUCAUACCAACGUGAUACUCAAAGGGUUCUUUUUAUUCCUUGUCAGUGGAGAAAAAGAUUGAAGCUUAGUGGUGAAAGUGCAGUUGAAAAAAUUACAUUAGAUGGCGUACGAGGUUUGCGUACCAUGCUUGGUGCGACUGUUCAUGAUGUGUUAUAUUACAUGAGUCCGAUCUAUUGCCAGGAUAUAAUCAAUUCGGUGUCAAACCAGUUGAACUGGUUAUAUCUGAAAUUUAUCAAGAGGAAUCCAGGUUAUGAUGGAAAGGUUUCCAUAUAUGGUCAUUCGUUGGGAAGUGUUCUGUCAUAUGACAUUCUUUGCCAUCAAGAGAAUAUUUCUUCCCCUGUCCCAAUGGAUUUGAUGUUCAAGGAACAUGUUAUACAUGAAGAGUCUCCUUCAGAUGCAAUUAAUCAAUCUUCUAAAACUGCGUCCGUUAUAAAUUUGAUGGAUGUAGACUCUACUGUGAAUGAUGAAUCUUUAAAGGGUCUAGUGGGCACCAUUAAGGAGGAAACAUUGCUUUCACAAUUGAAUGCCCUCGUCAACAAGGAGGAUGGUACUAGAGAUUCUUCCAUCACUGUUGAUAGUUCUCCUAUAUUAGAUAGUGAAGAUCUUUCACCAACAUCCUUUGAUCAAUCUCAACACUUGACAGAGGGAACAGACACUAAGCAACAGAUGUCAUCUUUGGUGGAAAAUGGCCAAGAACCUAGACAGAGUUCCAGUGACAUGCUUUUGGAAGAGGGGAAUUGCUUGGAUUCAACCACAAGCAGAAGUCGUUAUUUGGAAAAUGCCAAUGAGAUUGUACCUGAAGAUAGUUGUGAUAAAGACAAACUAAUUGAACUGCUCAGGAUAGAGGUGGAUUCAUUGAAGGUCGGAAUAGCACAGCUAAAGUCACAGUGUAGCAGUAGUAAAAAGAGUGACAGUGGCGUAGAUUCUACUACCACAAGGCAACUUGUUUCUCAAAAGCAUCCUCCAGAACAAGCUGAUAAACCUAAUAAUUACAAACCAUAUGUCAAGUACCCGAAGCUUGAGUUUAAGGUGGACACAUUCUUUGCAGUUGGUUCACCUCUUGGUGUUUUUCUUGCAGUCCGCAAUAUUCGUAUUGGGAUUGGCCAAGGGAAAGAAUAUUGGCAAGAUGAAAGCAUAAGCGAAGAGAUCCCAGCUUGUAGACAGAUGAUUAAUAUUUUUCAUCCUUUCGAUCCCGUGGCGUAUAGAGUAGAACCGCUUGUCUGUAAAGAAAACAUCGCCAAACGCCCGGUCAUUAUUCCUUAUCACAAAGGUGGAAAGAGGUUACAUAUAGGAUUCCAGGAGUUCACUGAAGAUCUGGCUGCACGUUCUCAAGCAGUUGUGAAUCAAUUCAAUUCUAUGAGAGUUAAAGUGCUCACUGUUUGUCAGUCAAAAAACCAGGAUAACAUAGAAGAAGCCCCAGAAAAGGAUGAAGUAACGGAAGAAAGGUCUUAUGGUUCAAUAAUGAUGGAGCGAUUGACAGGAAGUCUAGAUGGUCGAAUUGAUCAUGUUCUUCAAGAUAAAACGUUUCAACAUCCAUACAUUUCAGCCAUUGGAGCACACACAAACUAUUGGAGGGACUAUGAUACUGCUCUUUUCAUACUUAAACACCUUUAUUGUGAUGUACCUGAAGAACCUUGCUCACCUAAACAACUGCUCAGUGAAAGCAGCUCAAAAAAUAAGGCAGGGUCCCCAGGCAACUUUUACCAACGUGAAACCAUGGAUGAAGAUCUUCCUCUAACAUUCUCCGACAGGGUGCUGGUCAGGGAGUUUUCAAGGAGAGCAAGGGAGGUGAUGAAGAAAAAAUAAAGGAUUGCACUGCCAUUUUCACUUCUCACUGUAUGAUUAAUUCAACUCUGUUGUUUUAUUGUUUGGUAGACUGGAAUGUAAAUAAUGUAAAAAGGCUGUACAAUGC